AGAGCGCGUAUAACGGUCUGUAGCUAGAGGUGCAUUUUAAGGGAAAUAACUUUAAAUCAGUGAGUGUUGACUUCAGUGACAACUUGAAACUUCUUUUUCCUCACCACAUUUUUGUUAAUUUCCCGCCAAGUUGUCGGACUUCUUAAUUCUCUGACGUCCUGUCUGCUGUUGUUUGGAUACGAUGUCCAGCUCGGGAAUGCAGCUCCUCGGUUUCUUCCUCACUCUGGCCGGUCUCGGUGCCACUGUUGCCGCCACUUUCAUGGUUGAAUGGAAGCAAAGGUUGCAGGGCAGUACGCACUACUUCUAUGAGGGCUUGUGGAUGAGCUGCAGUGGCAAUGAUAUAACAACCUGCGAAAUACACGAGUCCCUCCUAAAACUGCCAGUUGAAGUCCAGGCCACCAGGGCAGUGAUGCUGCUCAGCAUCUUCCUCUCCACUGUGGCGCUGAUGGUCUCCACUGUGGGAAUGAAGUGCACCCGCUUCAUGGACGGCAGGGCCGAGAGCAAAUCCAUAGCAGCUAUGAUCGGAGGAAUCAUGUUCAUGGUUUCAGGUUUAUUGACCAUCGUCAUCACCUCCUGGUAUGUCAAAAUGAUCAUUCAGACCUUCCAUGAGUCCAAUCACCUGCAAAGGUACCGCAGUCAAGAGAAGCCAACUCUGAGUUUGGUAAGGCAGUGUUUAUCAGCUGGGCCGGUGGCCUCCUCACUAUGGCUGGUGGUGCUUUCCUGGGCUGUCGGCGAUGCUCGCGGCCCGAGUCUUCGGAGUCUAUAAGCUCCAACCACCUCCUGUCCACCACCAACCCCAAGUCCAACUACGUCUAGUUGGGAGGGCACAGGAGAAGGGAAGGCACAGUCCGUCCAGAGUUCAACGCCUAGGAGGUGGAAACACACCACUGUGAGAUAGUUGUAAAUAUCCUACCUACAUCCAGCCAGUAACUUGGAUCAGGAACAGAAUCACACACAGGAUCAGGCUGUGUGACAUGACUUGUGGCUGCAAACAGCCACGGUUGCAGUUUUUCCUGCUGUCAGGUGUAAGAAUGUGAAGUAAUUAGAAAAUGAUUUGUGUGGUUUUCCUUUUGAUUCUACAUGUCCAGUUUAAACACAAUGGACUUUGUCAGCCUGUUUGUAUACAUGUGAAAUUAGUUUCUCUUCACAAUCAACAAUGAAGAACACUUGUUUGAAUAGUUUACAAUGUAGCCAUAAGGUUUUUACACUCUGCAGCGGGACUUCUGUACUUUGAUGGUGUACUUUGCUAUACUUGCUAUCCCUUUACCUCUUCAGUUUCACACUGGUGUCGAUAUUUGUUUGUGUAUGUUGUUUAUUAUACGACUAAAGUUUUAUAUUUUGAGUCUUGUGUAACUCCUCAGGUUGUUUUUAUUGUUUAUGUAAUAUAUUCUAUGGCAAUUUGAAAGAUAACUGUAUGUACAUUAUGA